AAUCUCUCUCUCUCUUAGGUCUCUAUACAUAUAUAUAGAAGAGAGCACCCAAAAUCUUUGAUCAUCAGCUUAAGCACAUUCAUAAAGAGUUUCCAUAUUACUUGCAAUAGCUACUCUACCAUACACAUACACUCCUCCUCACGUUUGAGUUUCAGCUACAUUAUCUAAAGCACACUUGGCAUUUACAUUUAGCGACAGCCACAAAUAUAUAGUAACAUCAUGGGUUUGAAGAACCGUGGCGUUGGUCAUAGAGCAUGGAGCCUCCUGCGGGCGUCAUUGUUGUGGGCACGUAAAGGUGGCUUGUUAAGGCGCAGGGUUGCCAUGGAGCUGCGUCUGGUACCAAAGUACUUGAAGCGACUCGGCCACACUGCGCCGCCGCCAAGCCACAUUCACUACUUUGAGCGCGAGCUCUCGUUCGACAAGACCCCCAUAUUCCAUGUCAAGAUGUACCGUCCAACCUCCAUGCGCUUCCACUUGCCGCACAUUCCUUGCAUAAAGCCACAUGUUGAUUUUGACUAUGACUUUAAUGAUGAUGGCAAUGUUGAAUAUGAUACUGGAAGAAAGAGUGCCCUCAUGGAUGCAGGAGACAGCAGAGACCAGGAAUUUUGUCAUGAUUAUUAUGAAGGAUGCCAAGAGAUGAUGGGUUGUGGUGAGGAAGAGGAAGAGCAACAAGCAGAUGCACAGGGGAUAGAUAAGCAAGCUGAGGAGUUCAUUGCUAAAUUCUAUCAGCAAAUGAGGCUGCAGCGCCAGAUUUCUCUACUAGAAUACAAUGAAACACCCAGAUCAGACACAAGUUGUUGAGCAUGCUUCUAAUAUAUGCAACGUGCGGGUUCACUUUUUUCUUCUUUUUCUAUUGAGUUUUGAUGCCAUUGUCAAUGGUAAAACAUUGUAGUUCACGAAAUGAGAGAGAGAGAGAUCCAUAUGUACUGCCGGAUGCUGUAAAUACCGGGAGCUACCCUUGAGUUCUAGUAUUUACAUAUUUUCAUAGUUAUAAUUUCAAUUAAAAUACUACCGUCUACCGGGCUGCUAUUCAUUGUUUAA